CUAUAGUGAGCCUGUUUAGGAGUAUUGAUCUUUGCCUUGAUUCUUUGGAUUCACCCAAUUGAAAAAGCCUAAGGCAAAACAUAUUUUGCUUGUCUCUGUGUUGUUAAAUUGGUUCUGUAAAAAGAGUUCCCUCCUGCACUAGAGCAGAUCAUAAUUCAGCAUGCUUAUGGAUUGUUUUGCCUUUGCAUUCAAUUCGAAAUUACCUAUUCAAUGAGAACCCGUGAACAGUGCUCCAACGAUAUUCCAUUCUUGCCCUAUUUCCCCUGCAUUAGAUGGAACCUUGUUUGACUAUUGCCUGUGCAUUCUUGAUUAUUUUCUGCUGUGCAGAUUUAGAAUGGAAGCUCAUUUAUGUUGGAUCGGCUGAGGAUGAAACCUAUGAUCAACUUCUUGAAAGUGUACUUGGUGGGCCAGUUAAUGUUGGAAACUACCGUUUUGUUCUGCAGGCAGACCCUCCUGAUCCCUCAAAAAUCCGAGAAGAAGAUAUAGUUGGUGUGACUGUACUCCUGUUGACAUGCUCGUACUUGAACCAGGAAUUUUUACGAGUUGGAUACUACAUAAACAAUGACUAUGAUGAUGAUAAGCUAAGAGAAGAACCACCAACAAAGGUGCAAAUUGACAGGGUUCAGAGAAACAUAUUUUCAGAUAAGCCUAGAGUCACGAAGUUCCCCAUUAAUUUCCACCCCGAAAAGAAUAGUAAAAGUGCUGAUGCUAAACAAGCCCCCCCUCCACCUGAUGAUCAGCCCACUGGACAGGAACAGUAACCAUUUGGUCUUCGUUCUUUCAUCUGACAUUUUUUGGUUUUGAUUCUGAUGAAGCUGUUCAUCCAUCAUGAAGACAUGCCAUUUAAACUCUUUUUUUGUGUGUCUCUCUCCAUCACACAGCACUGUCAAUCAGAUGUCAACUGCCGACCUCAAUUGGCAUCCUGCUCCCCUAGCAACAACGGAUGCAGAACCGGGAAGCGCGCCUCUGACCCAAUCGCCUACAACAAUCCCACCAUUGGAUGAAUAAGAAGACGGCGGCAAACACACUGAUUAAUGGUUAGUUUGUGAAUUUGUUUAGGGGAUUUUUUAUAUUA